UGCCCGCCCCGGCGCUUUGCCGCCAGGACGCAAGAUGUCUUCCUCGGCGCCUCUGACGUGACUCUCUUCCCGCUCGACCGCCCCGGCGCCCCUAGGCAGUGUCUGCCCUCACGCAAGAUGGCGGCCGGAAGCGCCGCAGGCCGUUAGGCGUCCAGCCCUUGCUCCUCGCCGGUCUCCGCGGCCGAGAUGGCGGCGGCCGAGUUGGAGUACGAGUCCGUCCUCUGCGUCAAGCCCGACGUUAACGUCUACCGCAUCCCGCCGCGGGCUUCCAACCGCGGGUACAGGGCAUCUGACUGGAAACUGGACCAUCCGGAUUGGACAGGACGGCUUCGUGUCACCUCCAAAGGCAAAACUGCAUACAUAAAACUGGAGGAUAAGGUUUCAGGAGAACUCUUCGCCCAGGCUCCUAUAGAUCAAUACCCUGGCAUUGCAGUGGAGACUGUGACGGAUUCCAGCCGCUAUUUUGUCAUUCGAAUUCAGGAUGGGACUGGACGAAGUGCUUUUAUAGGCAUUGGCUUCACGGAUCGUGGUGAUGCAUUUGACUUCAACGUCUCUUUACAGGAUCACUUCAAGUGGGUGAAGCAGGAGACUGAGAUCUCCAAGGAGUCCCAGGAAGCUGACACACGUCCUAAAUUAGACUUGGGGUUUAAGGAAGGGCAGACAAUCAAACUGAACAUUGGGAACAUGACAAAGAAAGGAGGAGCAGCCAAGCCCCGUGCAUCUGGAUCAGGGAGCCUAAGCCUGCUGCCACCCCCACCAGGAGGCAAAAUUGCAGUCUCUCCUAUUCCUCCCCCUUCUUCUACAGCUAUUGCCAACCAUGUCACACCACCACCUCUGCUGAAAUCCAGUAAUAUGAGCAGUGCAGAUGUUCUAUUAGACUUAGAUGCUCCUGCAUCUGCAGUCAAGGCACCAGCAUCAGCUACCACAGACCUCUGGGGAGACUUCAGCACUGCUUCCAGUGCUGUUCCCAAUCAGGCUCCUCAGCAGUCCAGCUGGGUCCAGUUCUGAAUGGUUAAAGCAGUGGAACGGGACAAACUGAUGACCAAGAGGCUCUAAAAGCACCAAAUCCGGACCAGAGUGGGCACAAACCUCUCUAGUCUUCAAUCAAAAACAAAUUGGGACAAUCCUUUUUUGAACUGUAUCUUCACUUCAGUCAAAACUUCACUAUUUUUGAUCCCAUAGUGAAACCACUGAACCUAAAGAGAACAUGCUGACUCCUCACAGGAUGGGCAAGGAGGAGAGAGGUAGCCUCAUCUCUUCCACCCACUUGGGCAUUGUAUGGUACAUCCUAGCUCUUAUUCCCGGUCUUACCAUACAGGGGAAGCAAGAAUCCUGAACAAGGAGGGUUCAGGAGGAGGCUGGGUACGUGCCUCUGGGUUCCCUGUCCUUUACAUUUUUGCUGGUUAGACUGUUGGUUUUUGUGACUGCUUUCAACAGUGACUCAAGUCUCAGCAGCUCGGCCUGCGGUGCUGAGGGCAGCUGCAUUUGGCUGCAGUUUGUAAAUGGAAUCUGUAAGGAGAUCAGUCUUGUCUCAACACAAACCCUCUGAUUAAUCAUGUAUGUUGUGAGGAGUGAACCUCCCCAUGCAUGCACCACUUUUUCUCUCAUUGGUGCAAUUCUUGAUAGUGCUGGGUAUUCCUGUGCUCUUCUGAGAGGAGUCAUGCAAGUCCUUGAGUAGACCUGCUGUCAUUGUGCUGUAGCUCCAGGUGGGCAUCCCAUCCUAAGGCUCCUUCUGUGGCUUGCAGGUUCACUGGAGGAACUUCUCUCAUUUUCACUCCUUUCUCCCUCUUGUCCUACACAAAGGCCUCGUUGUCAUUGAGCUGGUUUAACUGGAAAUAGCUUAAAGAAAAGCAAGCCUGUUUUUAUAAUUUGAUAGUUACUUGCACUAGAUGACAACCAGGUAAUCCCACCACUCAGCAUUCCAUGUUCCUGCAUUAUUGUCCUGAUCCCUGGCCUUGUGUGUGUCUUGGCACUGUGUUACAAGUAUUGCAUAUCCAUGCCACAGUAAGAGCUAUGGUUGGACAGUGGUGAAGGGACAGAGUCCUUCUCUUUUUCAGCUCACAGUUAUUAUUUGAGCAAGCAAUGUAUAGUAGGCCCAAUCUUGAGAACUGUGGCAGCCAAAUUCUCCCACCUAUGUUCCUUCUUAUGGCUUUUAUCCUGAGGCUAACUCUCUGGAGAUGUAGCUGGUUAUUGAAAGUUGCAUGUUUUUUUCUUCAUUUUUAAUGCGUUCCAAACCCCUUCUAUUUCCUCUGCGGUUUAGGGGAUUAGAAAGAUAUCAAAUGCCCUUACUUCCUCUUUCGAAGAAUUUCCUGGUGCCCUUUGAUCUGGACACUAUUCUGUCUUCAUCAGCUAUGGAUGUGGUCUAAGGUGUAAAUUUGAUUAAUCUGGGCAAAGCCUGUGGGCAGACUGGAAGCCUCACAAUGCUGGCUACCCUGCAUGCUAGCUGAUAAGCCAAAACACUAGCUCAGAAGGUGGUCUCAGUGACCCAUCUACAGCUGUACCCAGUUACUAGAACAGUAGGAUUUUGGUGCUUCAUUGGGAGGCUUCUUCCUGUUUUGAACACUCAACCAGGAACAACACGUAUAUAACUGAGAUAUGCUCUGCUAGCACACCUGUGGCACUAGAUUUUUCCCUUUGGGCGAAGACUUUCUAUUGAGGCUUUUAAAAGAGAAUAUGCACCUUGUACUUGCGAAGGUCUCUUGUCCUUGUCUUCUUACUACACAGGGCAUUUUGGAGGCAAAGUUUCACUUAGACCAUCCUCUGGGAAGCAAAAUCCUUGAAAAUACCUCUAAAGCUACUGCAGUUCCACUAGUGGAAGUGGGGACCAGACUGCUUUUGAGUGCAUUUUAAGUUGUCAUUUAAACAUGGUCCCCUGUCUCUUUUGGUGUUGACCCUGCACCCCUUCUCCACCUUCAUAGUCACUCCUGCAGUCUCAUUAUGCUUAGACUCCCUGCCUCUGAAUUUGUGGGUGGCUAUAAUCUGCUAGCAAAGUCAUGGACUCUGCUGGCUGGCUUUUUGGCUUUGUUUUCCUUGGUUUUGCUCAAAUCAUUGUGAGGUCCUGUCAUUUCAACUAUGCAUCAGUUCCCCAAACCAAGGAAGUUCAUGGCACAAAUUAACAACUAACUAGGAGCCUCUUCUGUAUUGUUUUAGUUAGUGUUCUGGAGAUAAUAUAUUAUGUAUUUGAAAAGCUGAAUAAGCAAAAAUUAAAGAUAUAUGUAUAUAAAGCAUAAGAUGUACUGGUGCAAACGGUAAUUAAACAAGUAAUAUUGGGGAAAAGACUGUCACGAGUCCUGUAAUUUGUGAAAUUUUUGCUUUGGAAGCCCUGCAGAUUGAAGGUCUUUAUGGCUCCAGCAUGAUCCUAGUAGACUAAUUAUCCUUCAGCAAGGGUAUUAUGGCCUGCAGACUGGACAAGAGCAACUUUAGAAGUGAAAUGGGUUCAGACUCUGUCUGGGUGAGGAAGUAGGAGCAUGGAAGAAGGACACAAAAAUGACCUAUGGCUGUUCCAAGAGGAAUAGAAAAUAACACAGACAACAACUUGGAAACAGGCCUAACUGUAGGUGUGUGAUACUUGAUAAGAAUGUGGAUAAAAGUAGCAAGUAAGAAAACUUCAUUGCCCUGCAGAUGUUCUUGCCACGCCUGUAAGUGGGAAGGAGUCUUUGCUGCAUGUAGAGAUGAGCAAGGUGGGCUGAGUGGGUCCUUUGUCAGGGAACAGCAAGGGCGGGCUGCUCUGAAAGGGAGAGUAAGCUGGAAGCUGAGUCACAGCAAAGCAGGCUGAGGCAGUGGCCCUACUAACAAAGAAGCAGUCGCAUAGUGCCUAAGCAGGAAGAUCAGAGCUGGUCAAGAUGGGGAUUUAAAUCAGCAGGGGGCAUGGCCAGGCAUGGACAAUGGCUGCACCAGCUUAGGCAGGGAUCAAGGGUGAAACUCUUAGCUGAGAUAAGCUGACGGGCAAACCUUGCUGAAGUGUCUCAAAGUCAAACACCUAUAUUAUGUAAGCUGGAACUGAUUCCAGGGAGCCAAUCUCACAGAAAAUGGAGAAUAUGGCUCAGAGCCCCGACAGUCUUCCUUCUACCCUGCUCACAGCCUUCUCUUCUUGCACAGCCAUGCUUGCUUGGCGUUCCUAUG